CUGCUCCGGGGGGAGAGACCGCCGGCCCCGCUUCCACCCGCACCCCCUUCCCCUGACCCCUUCCGAUCGGACGUGCUAGAUGACCGAAUGGAGUGUUGAGCUGGACUCGCGUGUCCCGGCCGGACUUGGGCCUGAUCCCGGCGUCCUGGGGGUGGGGUGGGGGUGCUGCUGUAAAAUGCAAGUUGGAUAGGAGGAGGACCUCGCGCCAAGGGCCCCAAUGAGUGGCACACAGUCGACUAUCACCGACAGGUUUCCCCUCAAAAAACCUAUAAGGCAUGGAAGUAUUUUGAACCGAGAGUCACCAACAGAUAAGAAGCAGAAAGUUGAACGCAGUGCAUCACACGAUUUUGACCCUACAGACAGCUCCUCCAAGAAGACAAAGUCUAGUUCAGAGGAGAGUAGAUCGGAGAUAUAUGGUCUUGUUCAGCGGUGUGUGAUCAUCCAGAAAGAUGACAAUGGAUUUGGGCUGACGGUCAGUGGAGACAAUCCGGUCUUCGUACAGUCUGUCAAAGAAGAUGGAGCAGCCAUGCGGGCUGGUGUGCAGACAGGUGAUCGGAUCAUCAAGGUGAAUGGAACUCUGGUAACUCAUUCAAACCAUUUGGAGGUGGUAAAGCUAAUAAAAUCUGGUUCCUAUGUAGCUCUCACUGUUCAGGGACGCCCACCUGGGUCGCCCCAGAUUCCCCUUGCUGAUUCUGAAGUAGAGCCAUCGGCCAUCGGACAUAUGUCUCCCAUCAUGUCUUCCCCUCAUUCACCUGGAGCAUCUGGGAACACGGAGAGGAUCACCAGUCCUGUGCUGGUGGGGGAGGAGAACAAUGUGGUUCAUAACCAGAAAGUAGAAAUCUUGAGAAAAAUGUUACAGAAAGAACAGGAACGGCUGCAGUUAUUGCAGGAAGACUACAACCGAAUGCCUGCCCAGAAAUUGCUAAAAGAAAUCCAAGAGGCCAGGAAGCACAUCCCUCAGCUGCAAGAGCAGUUAUCCAAAGCCACAGGCUCUGCACAGGAUGGAGCUGUAGUGACACCUUCCAGGCCUCUGGGGGAUGCCCUAACAGUCAGCGAAGUAGACAUGGAUCCCAUAGACGGACCCUACAGGACUGACUGGAGCAGUGGAGAUACUUCUCGGCCUGGUAGCGACAAUACAGAUAGUCCUAAGAGUGGUCUGAAAGAGAAAAUUUAUCUAGAGGAAAACCCAGAGAAAAGUGACUCAAUUCAGGACUCUGAUGCUCUGUCAAUCGUCAGCAGUCCCUCCACCCGUGUCACGCCUCAUAUCAUUGGGGCAGAAGAUGAUGAUUUUGGUACUGAACACGAACAGAUCAAUGGGCAGUGCAGCUGCUUCCAGAGCAUUGAACUGCUGAAAUCGCGACCUGCUCACUUGGCUGUUUUCUUGCACCAUGUAGUUUCACAAUUUGACCCUGCAACAUUGCUCUGUUACCUCUACUCAGACCUGUAUAAACAGACGAAUUCGAAGGAAACUCGUCGUGUCUUCCUGGAGUUUCAUCAGUUCUUCCUGGACAGGGCUGCGCACCUGAAAGUCUCUGUUCCUGAGGAAAUAUCUCUGGAUCUAGAAAAGAGAAGACCUGAGCUUAUUCCUGAGGAUCUACAUCGCCACUAUAUCCAAACUAUGCAAGAAAAAGUCCACCCCGAAGUUCAGAGGCACUUGGAGGAUUUUCGGCAGAAACGCAGUAUGGGGCUGACUUUGGCUGAAAGUGAGCUGACUAGACUUGAUGCGGAGCGAGACAAGGACCGGCUAGCUCUGGAGAAGGAGCGGGCAUGUGCAGAGCAGAUCGUUGCUAAAAUUGAAGAAGUGUUGAUGACUGCCCAGGCUGUAGAAGAAGAAAAGAGUUCCACAAUGCAGUAUGUGAUUCUCAUGUAUAUGAAACAUUUGGGAGUCAGAGUGAAAGAACCUCGAAAUUUGGAACACAAGCGGGGUCGAAUUGGAUUUCUCCCAAAAAUCAAGCAAAGUAUGAAGAAAGACAGAGAAGGCGAAGAGAAAGGGAAGCGGAGAGGAUUCCCCAGCAUCCUGGGACCUCCAAGGAGACCAAGCCGACACGACAACAGUGCAAUUGGCAGGGCCAUGGAACUACAGAAAGCACGCCACCCUAAGCAUGUAUCCACAGCCUCAUCUGUGAGUCUUGAUCCUCAGGACUCAGCCAAGUUGCGCCAGGCUGGGUCAGCCAAUGAAGGAGCAGAUGCUGGAUUCCUGCCAGCCAAUCCCAUGUCCUCUGUGGUUUCAGGGUCUGCUCUCCCCCAGGAAGGAGGGAAAGAAAAUGACAUGGCCUCAAAACAAAUUGGAGAAGCACCAGUAUCUGGAGACUCUUUGGAUGGCACACCUCGGCCUACCAACACUGUUUUCGAUUUCCCCCCUCCUCCCUUAGACCAAGUGCAGGAGGAGGAAUGUGAAGUGGAAAGAAUGACAGAGCAUGGAACACCAAAGGUCUUUCGAAAGUUUGACAGUACAGCCUUUGGAGAAAGUCAAAGUGAGGAUGAGCAAUUUGAAAACGACCUGGAGACUGACCCACCCAGCUGGCAGCAGCUUGUUAGUCGAGAGGUAUUACUGGGACUAAAACCUUCUGAGAUCAAAAGGCAGGAAGUGAUUAAUGAAUUGUUCUACACAGAAAGAGCUCAUGUCAGAACACUGAAGGUUCUUGAUCAAGUGUUCUACCAGCGAGUGUCCAGAGAAGGAAUUCUGUCGCCUUCAGAGCUACGCAAGAUUUUUUCAAACCUGGAAGAUAUUCUUCAACUUCACAUUGGGUUGAAUGAGCAAAUGAAGGCCGUUCGAAAAAGGAGUGAGAGCUCUGUGACGGAUGAGAUUGGAGAAGAUCUGCUCACCUGGUUCAGUGGACCAGGAGAGGAGAGGUUGAAACAUGCUGCUGCUACCUUCUGCAGCAACCAGCCUUUCGCCCUGGAGAUGAUCAAGUCUCGUCAGAAGAAGGAUUCUCGGUUCCAGACUUUCGUGCAAGAUGCCGAGAGUAACCCGCUGUGCCGCCGCCUUCAGCUGAAAGACAUCAUUCCCACCCAGAUGCAGAGACUCACCAAGUACCCGCUCCUCUUGGAUAACAUUGCCAAGUACACAGAAUGGCCAACAGAAAGGGAGAAAGUGAAGAAAGCUGCAGAUCACUGUCGUCAGAUCUUAAAUUAUGUAAAUCAGGCUGUCAAGGAGGCAGAAAACAAGCAGCGCCUAGAAGAUUAUCAGCGUCGCCUUGAUACCUCCAAUCUCAAGUUGUCAGAGUACCCAAAUGUUGAAGAGCUCAGGAAUUUGGAUUUAACAAAAAGGAAGAUGAUUCACGAAGGGCCGUUGGUUUGGAAGGUGAAUAGAGAUAAAACUAUCGAUCUGUAUACAUUGUUGCUGGAGGACAUUCUCGUAUUGCUGCAGAAGCAGGACGAUAGGCUGGUGCUGAGGUGUCACAGCAAGAUCCUGGCCUCCACAGCGGACAGCAAACACACCUUCAGCCCUGUCAUUAAGCUCAACACAGUGCUAGUCCGACAAGUGGCCACAGAUAACAAAGCUUUAUUCGUCAUCUCCAUGUCAGACAAUGGAGCCCAAAUUUAUGAAUUGGUGGCACAGACAGUUUCUGAAAAGACUGUCUGGCAGGACCUCAUCUGCCGGAUGGCUGCGUCGGUGAAGGAGCCGUCUGCGAAGCCCAUCCCACUGCCAGAGUCGCCCCCUUGCGAAGGAGACAAUGAUGAGGAAGGACCACCCAGAUUAGAAGUGGAGCGUCCUGACAUCCCGGCCCCUGGCCAGCAGAGCCCAGAAAGAGAUUUGGGUCUAGAACCUCCCUUAAUCUCAUCAAAACCCCAGUGUCAUUCACUGAGUCCCUGCGGGAAGUCGGAGACAGAUGAUGUGUUUGUGACUGCCGCCCAGCUGGCGAAGGAGCAGUGUGCCCACAGGACCCUGAAGGAACCCGGAGGGAGCCGCGAGCUCCCCCACGCAGGCCCACACCUGCCUGGCUCAGAAGAGCGGUGGGCUCUGGACGCACUCAGGAAUUUGGGUUUGUUGAAGCAGUUGCUGGUGCAGCAGCUUGGCCUGACUGAGAAGAACCUUCAGGAGGACUGGCAGCACUUCCCAAGCUACGGGACAGCGACUCAGGGGGUGCAGGCAGAUGGUGGAGUUCAGAACUCAGAGCACGUCAAGGCCUAUCAUCCUGGUGAUGGACAGGUGUCCUUUACAACUGGAACUGGUGACUUUGCAACUUGUCACAGUCCACGGACUUCAACUGAAUCUUCCGCUCCCCCGGAUUCAGUGGUGCUGGCAUCCCAAGAGAGCCAGGCGAAUCACGUUUUAGUAAUGGACCAUGUGACUCUGACCCCAGAAAUGCUGGCCGCAGAGUCGGAAGGGGGUCCUGACGAGAGUGGAGAGCACUUUUUUGAUGCCCGUGAAGCACAUGGUGAGGAGAACCUACCAGAAGGCAAUGGAGCAGAGGCGAAGGAGGAGAAGGAUGUUACUUUACGCAUCUCAGGAAACUGUUUAAUCCUUGAUGGCUAUGAAGCGGUGCAAGAGAGCUCCACCGACGAGGAGAUGGCGUCGUCCUUUGCCCCGCAGCCCGGGCCGGGCCUGCCCUCCGCCGACUCCCCCCGUCAGCAGCCUCACUCUCCCCAGAACGCUCCUAUGGAUGAGGCCCUUUCACCAUUACCCCCGGAAUUCCUGGGCCGGCGGCGCUGGGGAGCCUUGGAGGGCUCCUGUUUUGAGAUCCGGAGUCCCUGUUGUACAGAUUCACAAAGUCAGAUCCUGGAGUGCAUUCAUAAGAUAGAGGCUGACCUCGAACAUUUAAAGAAGGUGGAGGAGAGUUACCGCGUUCUUUGCCAAAGGCUGGCCGGCUCAGCCCUCCCGGACAAGCACUCAGAUAAAAGCUAGAGCCGAGGGCGCUGGAGGCGACUGCGGGUUGUUGGGUUCUGAGCACCGGCCUUGUGUUCACCGUGUCCUGGCUCCCGUGUGGACGCAGAGAGAGUGACCCAGGAUCUGCCUCGAAGCACCGGGCCCGAAUGCCGUGCGUGGUGCCGCGGGGCCCGGUCCUCACCCGGCGGCUGCACCGGUCUGUCCGUGGGGGGCGCCGUUCCCCCACUUCCUCUCCUCGCCACUCAUUCGAUUCCGAACAAGAACCAAAUGUAUACAGCUUUGGGUGUAGGAUAUGAAAUUGUACUUAGGCAUAAGAAAAAGAGAAAAUCAGAUGUAUUUAUUUGACUUCAUUCCGUAUUUGAAAGCACAUUUUAAUUUUGACUUUG